AUGGCAGAUGAGCAGCAUGGGUUGUUGUUUCAGAUUGGACAGUUGGAAGUGGGGAAGGAGACAGUACAGACCACAGAAGACAAGAUUAUGAAGAGAGACAUGCCUCCGGCCUUCAUUAAGGUGGAGAAUGCCUGUGCAAAGCUGGUGGAAGCAGCUCAUAUGCUGAGGACAGACCCCUACUCUGUCCCGGCCCGUGAUUACCUCAUUGAUGGCUCGCGGGGCAUCUUGUCAGGCACUUCCGACCUGCUUCUGACCUUUGACGAGGCAGAGGUGCGUAAAAUUAUCCGGGUGUGUAAAGGGAUUCUGGAGUACCUGACCGUUGCAGAGGUUGUGGAAACCAUGGAGGACUUGAUCACUUAUACUAAAAACCUCGGACCAGGCAUGACAAAAAUGGCAAAGAUGAUUGACGAGAGGCAACAGGAGCUGACACACCAGGAGCACCGUGUGAUGCUGGUCACCUCCAUGAACACAGUGAAGGAACUGCUGCCUGUGCUUAUAUCAGCCAUUAAAAUCUUUGUGACAACCAAGUGCACCAAGAGUCAUGGUGUGGAGGAGGCCUUGAAGAACAGAAACUACACGUUUGAGAAGAUGAGCGCUGAAAUCAAUGAGAUAAUCAGAGUGCUGCAACUCACUUCAUGGGACGAGGAUGCCUGGGCCAACAAAAAGGACACAGAGGCCAUGAGGAGAGCGCUAGCAUUGAUCGAGUCAAAGAUGGGUCAGGCUAAAGGCUGGCUGAGGGACCCUAGCGGUCUACCAGGAGAUCCGGGAGAGCAUGCGCUGCAUCAGAUACUGGAUGAAGCAGGAAAAGUGGGUGAGCUUUGUGCGGGGAAAGAAAGACGAGAGAUCCUGGGAACGGCCAAGACCUUGGGCCAGAUGACGGAUCAGGUGUCAGAUGUGCGCGCCAGAGGUCAGGGUGCCACCCCUAUGGGUAUGCAGAAAGCUCAGCAGGUGGGCCAGGGUUUGGAUAUUCUGGUGGGGAAAGUGGAGAAUGCUGCUCGAAAGCUGGAAGCCCUGACCAAUGCCAAACAAGCCAUCGCCAAGAGGAUCGACACGGCCCAGAGCUGGCUGGCUGAUCCUAACGGUGGUCCGGAGGGGGAAGAGAACAUCCGUGCUCUUCUGGCAGAGGCCAAGCGCAUCGCUGACCUGUGUGAAAACCCUAAAGAGAGAGACGACAUUCUGCGCUCCAUCAGUGAGGUCGCAGGACUCACUGCGAGACUGGUUGAACUUCGUAAAAUGGGUAAAGGAGAUACUCCUGAGGCUAGAGCGCUGGCCAAGCAGAUUGGCACAGCUUUGCAGAACUUACAGGCAAAAACUAACCGUGCUGUGGCCAACAUGAGACCUGCCAAGGCUGCUGUUACACUAGACGGCAAAAUGGAGCAGGCCUUGCACUGGAUCAACAACCCUGGAGUGGAUGAUCAUGGAGAUCUCAAGGCUAAGAUGCAGGAAGCAAUGACCCAGGAGGUGUCUGAUGUUUUCAGUGAUACGACCACACCAAUUAAACUCCUGGCUGUGGCAGCAACAGCGCCUCUUGAGGCCCCCAACAGAGAGGAGGUCUUUGAAGAAAGGGCGUCUAACUUUGAGAAUCAUGCCAGUAGACUGGGUGCUACAGCGGAGAAGGCUGCUGCCGUGGGAACAGCCAAUAAGAGCACAGUUGAAGGCAUCCAGGCGGCUGUGAAAUCAUCCAGAGAUCUAACACCUCAGGUCACUUCUGCUGCACGCAUUUUGCUGAAGAACCCUGGCAACCAGGCUGCAUACGAGCACUUUGAGACCAUGAAGAACCAAUGGAUUGACAACAUUGAAAAAAUGACCAGUCUUGUGGAUGAAGCCAUUGACACUAAAUCCCUCUUGAAUGCUUCAGAGAAUGCCAUUAAGAAAGACAUUGAUAAAUGCCGGGUGGCAAUGGCUAACGUUCAGCCCCAGAUGUUGGUUGCAGGGGCCACCAGCAUUGCCCGGCGGGCUAACAGGGUCCUUCUGGUGGCCAAACGGGAAGUGGAGAACUCAGAGGACCCUAAAUUCAGAGAACUGGUCAAAGCUGCUUCAGAUGAACUUGGUAGAACUAUCUCACCCAUGGUUAUGGCUGCUAAAGCCGUGGCAGGAAACAUCCAGGAUCCAGGUUCUCAAAAGAGCUUCCUGGACUCUGGCUACAGGAUCUUGGCUGCUGUUGGGAAAGUCAGAGAAGCCUUCCAGCCUCAGGAACCUGACUUUCCACCUCCACCUCCAGACCUUGAUCAGCUGCAUGUCAGUGAUGAUCAGGCUCCCCCCAAACCGCCCCUGCCAGAGGGAGAGGUACCUCCCCCGAGACCUCCACCCCCAGAGGAGAAAGAUGAGGAGUUCCCUGAGCAGAAAGCUGGCGAGAUGGUGAGCGAGCCGAUGAUGGUGGCGGCCAGGCAGCUACACGACGAGGCCCGGAAAUGGUCCAGCAAGCCUCCCCAGCCUGAAGUGACAGACGAGGGUUUUGAGGCCGCUGAGGCAGAAGUAGAUAUAGACGAUGAGGAUGAAUUCACAGACAACGAGGAUGAUUUUGAGCCAGAGCUGCUCUUAAUGUCUUCCAGUCAGCCAGUUAACCAGCCCAUUCUGGCCGCUGCGCAGUCUUUGCACCAGGAGGCUCGCAAGUGGUCCAGUAAGGGUAAUGACAUCAUUGGAGCAGCUAAGCGCAUGGCCCUGCUCAUGGCGGAGAUGUCCCGUCUGGUGCGUGGAGGCAGUGGAAAUAAACGUGCCCUCAUUCAGUGCGCCAAGGACAUCGCCAAGGCCUCCGAUGAGGUCACACGGCUGGCUAAGGAGGUAGCCAAGCAAUGCACCGACAAACGGAUUCGCACAAACCUGUUGCAGGUUUGUGAGCGUAUCCCAACUAUUAGCACUCAGCUGAAGAUCCUGUCCACUGUAAAGGCCACUAUGCUGGGACGUACAAACAUCAGUGAGGAAGAAUCUGAGCAGGCCACCGAGAUGCUUGUGCACAACGCGCAGAACCUCAUGCAGUCCGUGAAGGAGACGGUCAGAGAAGCAGAAGCCGCCUCCAUCAAGAUCCGCACAGACGCGGGGUUCACUCUUCGCUGGGUCCGAAAGACCCCCUGGUACCAGUAAACUGAGGACUAGUUGUUUUCAAUUAGCAAUUCGCAUCCUUGCCUUUUCAAGCAUCUUGAGAUCUGAUGAGGGGUGUUUGGCUCUAGUUUCGGGGAGACUGGUAUUACUUAUUUUUAUUUACUUGCUGGUAUGGGUACUUGGUAGACCUAAAAUGCUCCUUACAGAGGCUAUUUUUGUCCUGUAAGUUUGCUGUAGUUACAGUGUAGGAGUAUAC